CCGCCGGCGGGACACACGCGCACAGAUUCUGGCUAGAGCCGCCCUGGGUGUCAGUGGCCGCGCUCCCGCGUCCGCCCCAGCUGCCGAGCCGCCUCGGCACCUGUCGGUCGGUGUGUCCCGGAGCCGGCGCCCCUGACUCCGUCGGGGCCAGGGAGUGCCAUGGUUUCCCUGCCCAGGCCCCCUGCGACCAGCUUGCUGCGGUUUUUGUUCCUGGGGCUGAGUACCCUCGCGUCCCCCUCGCGGGCCCAGCUGGAGCUCCACGUGCCCGCUGGCCUCACCCGGUUGAAGGCAGUAGAAGGAGCAGAAGUAGUGCUCCCGGCGUGGUACACCCUGCAAGGGCAGGUAUCUUCGUCUCAGCCGUGGGACUUGCUCGCCGUGAUGUGGUUCUUGGAGCAAGAAGGGAAGGAUCUGAACCAGGUGUUGGCGUACAUCAGUGGGGUCACGUCAAGCAAACCGGGGGUAUCCCUGGUCUACUCCAUGCCCUCCCAGAAUGUGUCCCUGCCGCUGCAGGGCCUCCGGGAGAAAGACUCUGGGUCCUACCGCUGCUCUGUGAAUGUGCAAGACCACCAAGGCAUCAAAAGGAGCCACAGCAGCAAAACUCUAGAGCUCAGGGUGCUGGGUAAGUUGGAAGUGGAGAGCACCAUUGAGUUAGCAGUUCUGUACUCAGGGGCAGAACCCAGCAUGCUGGCUAUCACAACUUUUCCCACCGUGAGGGAACAGACAGAUGAGUCUCCCAGAAAGUCAAAGAGGACAUUCCAGAAGGGACAGAAUUUUUUCAGUGGGAAAGACGGUCCCUGGACUGAUGACCCAAUUGUGUCCACAGAUGCCAUCCGUGGAUCCUUAAGCCUCACAAACCUUUCCAGUCCCAUGUCUGGAGUCUAUAUCUGCAAGGCCCACAAUGAGGUGGGCAGUGCCCAGUGCAAUGUGACCUUGGAAGUGAGCACAGGGCCAGGGCCUGCGGUGGUUGCUGGAGCUGUUGUGGGCACUCUGGUUGGACUGGGGCUGCUGGCUGGGCUGGUCCUCUUGUACCAACGCCGGAGCAAGGCCCUAGAGGAGCCGGCCAAUGAUAUCAAGGAGGAUGCCACUGCUCCCCGGACCCUGCCUUGGCCCAAGGGCUCGGACACAAUCUCCAAGAAUGGGACACUUUCCUCUGUCACCUCAGCACGAGCCCUCCGGCACCCCCAAGGUCCUCCCAGACCUGGUGCACUGACCCCCACGCUCAGCCUCUCCAGUCAGGUCCUGCCCUCACCCAGGCUGCCCAGGACAGAUGGGGCCCAACCUCAGCCAAUAUCCCCCAGCCCUGGUGGGGUCUCUUCCUCUGCUCUGAGCCGCAUGGGUGCUGUCCCCGUAAUGGUGCCCGCCCAGAGUCAGGCUGGGUCUCUGGUGUGAUGGUCCAGCCACUCAUUAGCUAAGCCAUCUGGUUUCUCUCCUUCCUAUAGGGGUCACCCCUACCUCAGAGGCCUGAGUCUUGGGGGACCACCUUCCAGACUUCCAGUCCUCUGCCCACACCUUUCUUUACUAAGGGAAAACUGAGUCUCUGUUGAGAUCCAAACAUUCAGGAAGUAGAAGAAGAGGAAGUGGACCUCAGAUUAGGAAGAGCCCCUGCCCCCUCCCCCAGUCCUCCUUAGGACUGCAGGGAACACUGCUGAGAUAGGGCCCUGGUAGGGACUGCCAGUCAAUGAGUCCUCCAGGCCCCCUUGAUCUGUACUCCACCCCAUCUAACAGCAUCCUUCACCCCCACUCCAGCUCCCUGCAUUCAUAUAACCUGUCCUGCUGGCUUGGUUGGGUUUUGUUGGGGCAGGGGAUAGGGAAAGUAUUUUUUAAACUAACUUGAAAUGUGUGUUUUUGUUUUUAUUUUGCAAAUUUCAAUAAAGAUGCAUUGUGUUUGUAUGGAAA